AUGGCCGGUAUCAUUGGUGUCAACGAUGCCGCAGUCGCCGACAAAUUAUACUUCACCAUCAACGCCAGUGGUUGUGGAUUGUCGCCCAACGACUCCUUCCUAUUGAUGAGAGGUGUCAAGACCUUGGCUAUUCGAAUGGAGAAGCAGCAAUCGAACGCGCAGCAAAUUGCCGAGUUUCUCGAGAAUCACGGCUUUCGUGUGCGUUAUCCCGGCCUCAAAUCUCACCCUCAGUACGAUUUGCAUUGGUCGAUGGCUCGCGGUGCCGGAGCAGUGCUGUCCUUUGAGACGGGCGACGCCUCACUGUCCGAAAGGAUCGUGGAGGCUGCUCGCCUGUGGGGUAUCAGCGUGAGCUUCGGCUGCGUCAACAGCUUGAUCAGUAUGCCUUGCCAGAUGAGUCACGCGAGCAUUGACGCCAAGACCCGCAAAGAGCGACAAAUGCCCGAAGACAUCAUCAGACUCUGUGUCGGAAUUGAAGAUGUCGAGGAUCUCAUCGAUGAUCUGUCACGCGCUUUGGUCCAAGCUGGAGCCGUUACUGUGACGCUGGAGGGGAUCCAAGCAAAUCCAGUGGCGGCAUAGAUGGAUCACAGAGAAGCCAUCAUUACAAAGAUCGAAUUCCGGCUGCUGCAUGAGAUUGAACAAGGGACUAUGCACUAGCUGACUUUCCAGGCAGCCAGUGGGAGCUGAAACAGCUGUCGACAGGUAGCCAAAGAAAGCAUCGAGAGAAAAAAUGUUGAUUAUAGAAGUCAACGCCAGCAUGUCAUGCUUUGUUUGUUUGUGUCGUAAGAAUUCAAGUUUCAAACUG